CGGGGCGAUAUAGCGACGCAAGCGCACGCCGGCAUAGUGCUACCCGCGAGUGAAGUGACACGAGUGUGUGUUGUGCUUAUUGUUACUUGUGUUCAGUGAUAAACAGAUCUAAACAGAUUGAUUGGAUUACUAUACGCGCGGUGAUCGUCGGUAUAGUGACUCUAGAGAUUUUCAAAGAUGGGCAGUUGGGUGUAGCCGGGCCGGCAUGGGUCAGGCGGGCAGCCAGCCUGCAACGGCAGUGCCGCAGCGGGCGCGGCGGGCGCACACGCUGCCGCAUGAGCCACCGCGGCACGCACCCAAGGUGCUGCCAUCACUGCCGGAGUCGCCUCACCUGCGCAGCACCGACAACGGCGCCAUCUUGCAGUCCGGUGGCACCAUCAGUGGACGCAGACCCGGCUCCACUCUCCACGACGCUCCCAGAGUGCCUCACGGACAUGUGCAUUCAAAUAUGUAUCGGUCUCGUUCGGCGGGGGCGACCGGAGAGAAUGGCGAGCUGCGCGCGAGAGAACGAGACCCCUUACACCGAUCACACACAAACCUCGAUCUUAGGCAUAAUGAUAAUAGUAGUUUGAAUAAAAGAUUUGGAUCGGUGCCUGACCUGAGGAUUGAAGAAGAACAACAAAAACCAAAAUGUACGAAACAUUUUAGGAAAAAAUACAGAGCCCCACCGCCUCCUACAAAUGAGAUUAUCGGGGGUUCUUCACCUGAUUCCAGUGAAGGAAACGCGAGAUUAGAACCCCAAAGAAAAUUGAGGCUUUUCAAAACCAGAAACGAAACCAAAAAGAUUAACGGUCAAGUAGAUAACAAAUUACCAAUCUACAGAAACAAAAUUUUAAAUACAGAAUAUAGAUCCUUGGAUUAUAAUGAAAAUCAGGCUUUUGAGAGAAGGUAUAGAUCCCCUUGUAAAGAUAAGGACCAACAUUUCAAAUAUCCCGACAGUAAAGAUAUGGUACAAACUAACGCGUCAUUAAAAAGAGAAGAACGAAUAUUACAAACGAAACAUGAUUACAAGAAGACGAGAAUAGACAGAGUAAGUGGAUGUAGAGCGAAAACAUCCAAAACUAAUGAUCAAAGUGAAGCGUGGAAAACGCCACUUCUCAAUAGGAAUUUCAGAUAUUCUGAAAGAUUUAAGCGAGAAGAUAGCGAACAACCGUCCUUGAGGAGAGAAAAGACUUUCGACAAUUCUUUAAAAAAUGAAAAGGAAAGUGAAUCUCCAGCCAUACAUGAUAAUAAAAUGAAAGCUUUAGGCGCACAACUAAAAGGCAGUCAACUCAGCCCUUUAGCAGAUAGUAGUAAGCCUUUGAGAAAAUCUCUUCCUUCACUAUUAAUAAAAAAUAGUGAAGAAAAAGAUGAAUUCCAAGCAGAACUCAAAAAAGCUACUAGUAGGAUAAGAAACGAAUUAGGCAAUAAAUCUAAUGUUAGUGAAAAUAAAACUAGUCAAAAUAAUAAAACGAGCACGCAAAAACCAAACCCAACGAAAUCAACAGUCCAGAGUAAAUUCAAAGAGUCUAGUCUUAAAACGAAUAUUGUCAAUAAACAGGAUACAAAGAACAACGUCAAUAAGCAAGAUACGAAAGCAUUAAUUAAUAACAGACGGCCUUUAAAUAGGUUAAAUGAAUCCCAGCCUAAAACAACAGCACCUCAACCUAAUCCUACUGCAAAAAGUAAUGCAGUUGUAAGCAAACAUAAAUAUAAUAGUAAAGAAAGUGGAAGAUCGAUUCCUGAUAGAGGACAAGCUUCUGGUAAGGAGUCAACGCCUGAACAUUCACCAACAAGAAAGAGGGGAGUCACGGCUAAUCAAACCAAUCCUGAUAAGCAACCAAAGACAGCGCCAUCGAAACAAUUCUAUUUUGGCAUGAUUGAGAGCAAGCAAACCGAAGAACGAGACCACCUUAAGGACUUUCCUGGUUUAGGCAGUCCCAUCAUUGAAGAAAUCAGCAAUUUUCACCUCAUAGAGAAGAAACUACUAGGCUAUAAAGAAGAAAAUGACGAAGACGCUGAAUUCAAGAAGUUUAAUGCCAAACUUAAAGAAGAUUGUAAAGUAAAAAACUUGUCAUCGGAAUCAGCGCUAUCGUCAGAUGGCUCAGAAGGCGAGGGUUCAGAUGGCUCGCUCGGUAUCGCGCUGCGCCUGCGACCUACUCUGCCCAAGAAACAGCCAACCAUGCCACGUUUUUCACCAGCCGCGGCGUGGAGACAGCUGGCUACGUUAGACGCCCAUCUCGCUCUAGAAGCGCAACCCCUGGCCGUGGAGACGAAAAUGUCGGCAGACAUAUCCGCGGAGUCGUCGCCACGCUCGGAGCAGUCGGUAGACAAGUCGGGCGACUCGGGCAUCUCUGGCGAUCACGCUCACAGCGACCACAGAGUUGAAUCACCAUCAAGGCACAAUACUCAAGAACCACCCCCAGCCACGUGGACUCCGCAGCAAGACCUCGGCGACAGUAGUUCCGAUGGGGCAGGCGGGGCCCCACACGUGGGGGCGCCGGUCGGGGCACGCGUCGCCACCUACAGCCCCGGGGCCCAGCCCUUCAGUCUGUCCCUGCCCAGGGACGGUCAGGAUAGGGGCAAACCGUUGCAGCAGGGGUUCAACAGCCUACAGAAAUUGAGGAAGUCGGUAUCAGGGGCUUUGGGCGCUGCGCUGGGUUCCAGAAGAUUCGAUCUGGAACACGAGCCUAUGUUGGAGGAACCCGAACAAAACUGGUUCCUAACGAAAUCGGCGCCUAACUCCUUAAGUAACCCGCUGCUGUUCCAGAGAAAACCCGUGGAGGAAGAAAUCAAAGAAGAAACGCCGCCAUCUGAAAAGGAGGAGAGUGGUGCAUGGCGGACCAAUAACUCUUACCUUUCGUGGGGAGGGCACGUCAUGUACCUACCGCCUGCGCCUGCUGCCCCAGACCAACCUCUAUCUAUGCUGGGCCCAAUCGACAGGCCCGUCAGGAGCAAAUCGAGCGGGUGUUUAGAAGCGGCAGCGCGAGCGGCACGAGCGGCGCUCGCAAGCGAAAUGCGCGAACGUGAGCGGUCCGCAUCGCCCGAGCUUGCGCGAGCGCUGCCGGCGCGCGUCGAACCCGCCCGUACACGGAAUCAGUCGAACGCUCCUAGUCGAGGCAAACGAUUCACGUUCCAAUCAACAGUGCGGCAGCUGGAGAGGCGUCGCAUAGCCGAGAAGUUGUCCAGGGAGGCUGACCUUAAAGAACAGCAGAGGAGGACCGAGUUGGAAGCCAUGAGGAGAGUGGAGGAAGAAUUCCAACGCAAGCGUGCGCGAGAGAAGGCCAGUAUCAGACAACAACUGCGACUGGUGAGCAGCGGCGCAGCCAGUAUGCCCACCACUACACACCACACCAAGACUCGCGAUGAGCCCGACGGCUCAUGCCGCGAGUCCCCAGCCCCUGAAAGGACGAGAGAAAGGAGGCAAGGACACAGCAACGCCUCCUCGGAGAUCAGUGGCAGAAGCAAGAGUACCACACCGAUCCGUAGCGUAGAGCUAAGCGAGUGGCGCACGGAGAGCGAGGCACGCGUGUACCGCGACUGGGCGGCGGGGCUGAGCGCGCCCGCGCCCGCGCACGCGCACCCGCCCGCCUGCGCGCGCAUGCCCAUGUCUACGCACGCCGUCUACAACGCGACUGCUGAAGUGGAAGCGUUCAGCGGCAGUCCUCGUUCAGACAAUUACCGCCUGGAGUUCGCUCGCGGACGUUCGCCGCGAACACCGCGCCCGCCCAGACUGCUAGCGGCCGCGCGCUCGCCCUCCACCUCCGGCUCCGAGCUCAGCCUGCGACAACCAAUCAAGAUCAGUAACCCUUCGCAUGCACACGGGGUCAGAGAGACCACGAAAGAAGAGCCGGAGGAACCCGUGAUCGUGCCCACCCUGCGGCCUUCGGGACCUACGCGAGCAACAGUCGCCAUUCACUGAUCCGUGGCAAAAAAUUGCGCACGCAUUUGCUCAAAAUAUUUGCUAACAUUCGUUCUUUGAAUGUGCUUAAAUUCAUUUAAACUGUUUUGAUUUAUUCAUCCAGUGGAUGUAUGAAAUAAAUAUUUUGUAAAAAGUUAUAGUGUAAAAUCCAAUUUUAAAGUGUUUAAAUACUAGUUGAGAUCUGUAUUAUUUUUAACUAUGCUUAUAGAGAUACAACAGAAAAAUACAGAAACAUGAGUAUGAGAUUAUUUUGUAAAAAAUUAUAAACUUGUGUAUUUGUUAUACACAUAAGUAACAUGAUAUUUAAAUAAGAAUAACAUAUAUAACACAUUUAUGUAAUCACCAAGAAAAAAAUAAUUAAAAUUUAAUGUUACUAAGAUUUUUCUUUUUGUUGCUAUUAUAACUCCGAAGAGUGCUUUAAUUAUUUUUUGUGUAAAAUGUUUAAGUGCUAACUUUAAUUUAACUAAUUAAGUAAUAACACUUUCUUAUGUUAAUCUUAGCGAUUUUAAGCGAGGCAAUAGUAAUCGUCUUCCAUUUUAAACAUAAUACUGAAGCUUUAAUAUAGCGUAGACUUUUUGUUAGGAUCUGGUGCUACUUAAUAUAAAACAGUUAUAUAUAUAUUCCUACCAAGAACAUCAAUAACAUAAUAUCUUGAAAAGCGGAAGCGAACGAAACUGAAAUUAAUAUUACAUUGUGUUUUACGUUGACAACCAAAACUUACGUGUCUUUUGUUUCGGGUGUGUCCAAAUGUCAGUUCAUCAAACAAAAUAAAUAAGUCAAAAAUAAUGUAGACAUCAAGGAAAUUAAUCACGUUUCCCUUUUAGGGUCAGAAUAACCUUUGGGCAUCAAUCAUGUUCGUGUGGGGUGUGAAAGACCGGGUGUGGCGUAACUGGGUUAACUUGGCCGCUCCACGCAAUCUUUAAUAUUUUUUUCUUUAUUGCUGACCAACCCGUUAUUGAUUCGAUUCAAAUGGCACACACACCCUUUGGUGGCCCCUCACGAAGUCAUUUUUCACAGUGUAAAUUUGUUCAAAAAAACAUACCUAUGUAAUUUAUCAAUAAACAAAAACAUGGACACCUCGAAAAAAGGCUUGUAUUUAUAUAGUACGGGCCAUGAUAAAAUACUGUAACUCUAAUACUAAAAGAUGCCAAAUUAAUACCUAUGUUACAUUGUGUCACAUAAAGAUGUAUCUUUAUUAUCUUGAAAUCCAUAUUUUUGCAAUAACAUUUAUAAUGAUUUAUAAAUAUAAUAUGUUUAUAUUGUUUAAAUUAAAAGAAAUAAUUUAAUUAACAUGGUGCAUUACUUUAUUUAUGAUUCAAAAAAAUAGAUUUUAAACAUACUUAAGAAUACUGUACAUAAGACAUUCAUAAUGGUUCAUGUAUAUACUUUGUAGUUAUUAAGUAUUGUUUAUUCAAAACGUAAUAAACACUUUAUAUUCAA